UUCCUGGCCGAGGGGGGCGGGCUGCUGCUGGCGCUGCGGGCCGAGGGGGCCGACGGCUUCCUGCCCGCCAUCGCCGGCGUCCCGGGCGGCCAGGGGCUCGACAGGCGGGGCGGCUCGCGGGCCGGCCUGGCCGAGUGCAUGGUGAUGGCCAGGCCGCUGACGGGGGGCAAAGAGGAGGGGUCGGUGACCUUCCUGCACGUCGAGGCCCUCCGCUGCUGGCUGCCAGAGGGCGCGCGGCUGGAUGUGGUGGUACUGUCGCGGGUCACGGACUUCUUCCUCGGGAUGAACGCGGGCACCUGGCUGCGCGUCCGGAUCCACGACAUGCGAAGAGGAACUUGCAUAAACGUGCGGUCGGGAUUUUUUGUUGGUUAG